AUUGGCUCAUUUAUGAAAGGGUGCUCUCUUGUGGCCACCCGGAGUAACAUGUGACCCAGGGAUGCGGGAGAGAUGGAUUGGCAGACAAUAAUGUGCUCUCAUAAACCAAGACGGUGCUGGACUUAUUUUAUAGACUCCAGGUGGCUAUCCACGGGAUAUUUAUAUUAGGUGGAGGGGGCAGCAAAGAACAGGGGAUUGUCUUCGUUAUUGCAUUUAAAAUUAGACAGAUAGAUAGAUAGAUAGAUAGAUGAAAAGAAGUCACAAACUCAUCCCCUUUUGUCUCCUGUGAGACCAGAGUGCCUGCUGAAUCCAGAGCGGUGCCAUGCGCUCUAGGGUCCGGGUUUUCUAUCUCUCCCCUUCCAUCUAUUUCCUUCUCGCUUGCCACUAGUUUACCUUCACUUGUUCAGCCUUCAUUCUGAGAGGAGGAGGAGGAGGCUAGUAUGAUUGGCCAGGCGGGGACUGGUAGUCCGAAGGCUGGCACUGUGUUCCAGCGUUGAUCCCCGUGUUCUUGUUUACACCCUGCGGACGGGGGACCAGACAAGACGCCCAGGGGCCCAGAACAGACUCGAGAGCCCAGUCUGCGGCGGACGCGGCCAUCCGGACAGCAUCUCUCCCAGCGGUACUCUUUUUAUAUGCUUGAAAACCAAGUUUCUCCUUGCUGGGAAUCGGACUCUCUCGUCUAAUUUCAUCUGUCCAUUCACAGCAGAAAUGCGUCAAACUUUUUGCUGACUUUUGUGGCACCUCUACGCGCAGGGCUCCCAGUCUGACGGGUUUCAAGUGCGGUUGGACAUGAAAUUCACCAGGAAUAGCCCCGACAAAUUGUUCCUUAAUGUUCACAGGGUAUGAUGUCUACGGACCUCUUCAAACUUUGAUUUCGGGCGGAAAUUACACCCGUCCAAUCUCUUCUCCGGCAUUCACAAGCUACUCGUUGAUGGAUGUGUUUUGAGCAUUGCAAUCUGUUUGCGUCAAGAGUGAAUUAUUUAGCCCCCAGAAAACGCCGACGUCCACCAUCAAUUACUGGACUCUUUGGUAUUUCACUCCUUCCUGACAGAACCUUCAGGGGUGCAGACUUUGCUGGCCAAGAGCCGCUUUGGUGUGAGAGAAGCACUGCAGGUCACGCUGUGUGGACAAGCCGGGAAGUUUCGCAACGGCGUAGCCGGAAAAGAUGCUCUCUUUUCGGACGCUGCGUGAUCAAGGUGUCGCUCCACUGAUUCUUCUCCUCCUGGUCGGGGAAUGUGUCGUUUCUGGCACAGAGAGCAGCGACUACAGUGAGGCUGAGGUUCUCCCCGACUCCUUUCCGUCAGCACCGGCAGAACCUCUCCCAGAAUUCCUGCUCGAACCAGAGGACGCUUUCAUUGUAAAGAACCGACCGGUCCAACUACGUUGUCGGGCAUCGCCAGCCACUCAAAUCUACUUUAAAUGCAAUGGAGAAUGGGUCAAUCAAAACGACCACAUCACCAGAGAGAGUUUGGACCAGAUCACAGGUCUGGUGGUGCGGGAGGUGGACAUCUCAGUGUCUAGGACCCAGGUGGAAGAGCUAUUUGGGCUGGAGGACUACUGGUGCCAGUGUGUGGCCUGGAGCUCGGCUGGCACCACCAAGAGCAACCGUGCUUAUGUUCGCAUUGCAUACCUGAGGAAGAACUUUGAGCAGGAGCCAUUGGGGCGGGAGGUACGACUUGAACAAGAGGUGCUUCUACAGUGUCGCCCCCCAGAGGGCAUGCCAGCUGCUGAGGUGGACUGGCUGAAGAAUGAGGAUGUCAUCGAUCCAUCGCAGGAUUCCAACUUCCUGAUCACCAUUGAUCAUGAUCUGAUCAUCAAACAGGCCAGACUGUCAGACACAGCAAACUACACCUGUGUGGCUCGUAACGUGGUGGCCAAAAGACGCAGCAGCACAGCUACUCUUAUUGUUUAUGUGAGCGGGGGCUGGUCUUCUUGGACUGAAUGGUCAGAGUGUAACGCUCGCUGUGGGCGGGGCUGGCAGCGACGAACACGCAGCUGCACCAAUCCUGCCCCUCUGAAUGGGGGAGCCUUCUGCGAGGGCCCACCCUUCCAGAGGGUGACCUGCACCACACUGUGCCCAGUGGAUGGCGGCUGGACGGAGUGGGCAAAGUGGUCCGCCUGUGGCACAGAGUGCACCCACUGGCGCAGCCGCGAGUGCCAAGCCCCAGCACCCAGGAACGGAGGAAAGCAUUGCAGCGGCAGCAUGAUGGAGAGCAAAAACUGCACCGAGGGGCUGUGUGCGCGCACAAUGGCCCCAGGUAUGGGUGUAGCAGUCUACGCCGGCCUGAUGGGUGCAGUGCUGCUGUGUGUUAUACUGGUGUUGUGCGUGGGAGUGCUUGCAUAUCGCCGCAGAUGUCAGCAUCUCCACGGAGACAUCACCGAUUCUUCAUCUGCUCUCACCGCCGCCUUUCACCCUGGUAACUACAAGCCUCCCAGACAGGAUAACCCCCACCCUCUGCAUCCCCCUGCUCCACCGGAUCUAACAGCCACCGUGGGGACUUUCCGUGGGCCGCUCUUCUCCCUGCAGCAGGGGGUCAACGACAGCCCUCACAAAAUCCCCAUGACCACUUCUCCCCUGCUGGACCCGUUGCCCAGUCUCAAAAUCAAGGUGUAUAACUCCUCCACUCUCUCCUCUCUGGAGCUCCCGGCGGACAUGUGCUCAGACGGGGAAAUCCUCAGCCUGAAGUCGGUGGGCACUGUGGGUAGAGAGCGAGACUACCACAGCCACACCCUUUCCAGAGAACCUGGGCUGAGCACCAGCGCCACCUUGGGUAACCUGGGAGGACGCCUUACUAUCCCAAAUACAGGUGUGAGCCUGCUGGUCCCCCCUGGCACAAUUCCCCAGGGGAAGUUCUAUGAGAUGUACCUCAUUAUAAACAAGUGGGACAAAACAACGCUACCCUCAGAGGGAAGUCAGACUGUACUGAGUCCUGUAGUGAGUUGUGGUCCAUCCGGUAUGCUGCUGAAUCGGCCUGUGGUACUCACUUUGCCCCACUGUGCACAGCUAGACACACCGACACCUGACUGGACCCUCACACUCAAGACACAGACUCACCAGGGGGCUUGGGAGGAGGUGCUGACAGUAGGAGAGGAGACUUUGUCGUCUCCGUGCUACCUGCAGCUGGAGGAGGAGUGUUGUCAUGUUCUCAUGGAGCAGCUGGGAACAUACAGCCUGGUGGGCCAAUCCUGCCCUCCACACCCUGCCUGCAAACGUCUGCAGCUCGCUCUGUUUGCCCCCCGUGCACCCUGCCUCUCCCUGGACUACAGCCUCCGCAUCUACUGCAUCCAUGACACCCCACAUGCACUGAAGGAGGUUCUGGAUUUGGAGAGGAGUCUAGGUGGAGUUUUGCUGGAGGAUCCCAAGCCACUGCUCUUCAAAGACAGCUACCACAACCUGCGUCUGUCCAUUCACGACAUUCCCCACACUCACUGGAGAAGCAAACUGCUGGCGAAGUAUCAGGAGAUCCCGUUCUAUCACAUCUGGAGUGGCAGUCAGAGACCCCUGCACUGCACCUUCAGCCUAGAGAGAGGCAGCCUGGCGGUGUCACAGCUCACCUGUAAGAUCUGUGUCCGACAGGUGGAAGGGGAGGGACAGAUAUUCCAGCUGCACACGGAUAUUCAGGAGACUUUACCACCGCACUCGCCCCUCCCAUCAGGAAGUACCUGCCUGCCUUCCUCUCAAGUGGGACCAUAUGCCUUUCGCUUGCCUGACUCCAUUCGCCAGAAGAUCUGUGCCAGUUUGGACGCGCCCAGUGCUCGAGGAUGUGACUGGAGACUCCUGGCACGCAGUUUGGGCUUUGACAGGUACUUGAACUACUUUGCAACAAAGCCCAGCCCCACAGGUGUUCUGCUAGACUUAUGGGAAGCUUGUCACCAAGCUGACGCAGACCUGGUCUCGCUGGCGACCGCGCUGGAAGACAUGGGCAAGAGCGAGGUGUUAGUUGUCAUGACAACAGAUGGGGAUUGUUGAUUGCUCAAGGAAACAAGAGCGAGCAAGACAUUUUUUUUUUCACCACAGUGACAAAAACAAGAAUACCUGAAUUUGAAUAUGCACACCCCCCCAGCACAAAUCACAAGCCCACAGAGCAUUUUGGUUCCUUCACAUGAGUUAUGUUACGUCUGCCUCAUCUUCCUCUUCACUGACCUCUGAUCAGCCACUGUAGCUACAUACCCACUAUAACCCAUUUCCAUGCGGGCCAUCCCAUGAUAACUGCUAACCUGAUUCAGCUUGAAUCCUCCAAAGCAAUGUUGCAUCUGCAAGACGUGAAACCAAUUUGAGGGUAUGAAGGCGUAAAAUAGGUGUUAAGUCAUCUGUCAUAUGACUGAUGUUGACUGUCUCCUUCAAAGAUUGAAAAUGAUACUCUUUGUGUGUACAAAUAACAAACUUUUCAGACAAAAAUAAAUCACAUAUUCAACACACAACAUGCCAAUGCUAACACAGGAUUACCUAUGUUUCAGUAGCAGCAUGAAAGUACAUAAUUUCACACCAUGUCACCUCAUGGCAGGGGCUUUUGUUCGCUCCAUUAUCAUUCUUCGUGUGCCGUUAAAGACAGGCAGCACUGUCCUCUCUGCAACCUCCUCAGGCUACACUCCAACACACACACAAACUGGUCAUUAACUGGGUCUGAAACAGACUAGGAUUUCUUGUCUAACUGCUUUGACUGUCGAGCAAAUGUUACGAUGAUUGAACCCUCAAGGUUUGAGGGCUUGAGCAUAUAAUUUUUUGGCUGAAUAUAAAAGCUGCCUCUUGGUAGGAGGGUGAAUUGUGAAGUUUGUUUAAGAAUUGGCGGAUAACUAGACCAACUGACUCUUUAUAUUGUACCAACAAAUGCCUCAAAACCUUGGCAUAUCAUUCUGACUCACAGGGGUGCUUCUCUUUCAUCUCUCCUCACAUUCCUCUAUCGCUCUGCCACACUCCUCCGAUCUGUUGAGAAUAAACUGCAGGAAAGCUUUCUGGUCAUCCCUUAAAAGUUUCCUUUGGGGAACGCUCUUUAAGUUAUUAUCCAUAUUUGUGGAUCUUUUUUUUCGUUGUCAUUGUUAACGAUCAUAUAGAGCCUGAUGAUCUGCGCUUGUUUAGCUGACUGAGCUGCUGUGUUUUAUUUUUGAUUUUAGUAGAGCAGGCCAAAUGAACUUAGGUGCACAGUGGAUGUCUGAGUUUUUAAUAACAAAACCGUGUUUAUUUGUCAUUUUUGAUGCUGUGUAUCUAUUAAAAAUGUAAAGUGUAACCUGUGAAACAUGAUUAGAGGUGGUCAGAUGUCCAGGUGACACUGUAGACAUUUUGCUUUGCUUUGACUGAGGGCAGUUUCUGCUGCUCACUGAUGAAUAGUACAGAAUAGAUUAGCUUUGCCUUGAAUCAACUAGACAGCAAGAGACCAUCAGAUUUACCUCAACACAAACUGCAUUAAGUUUCAAUCUGUUCACUGUCCACCACUUAUCUAUGCCUCCAUCUGUUCAUCUAUCGCCCUGCAGCUCAUUUUGUCUCCCCUCUCUCAUUUUGAUAACAUAUUGUUAACCUUUUUACCAAGCGGCCUGCUUUGUGGGCAGGGUCUUCAAGAUAUUUGCAUUGUCAAUAUUGUUCUGUCAAUUAUUGUUGUUAAGUUUUUUUCUCCCUGAAGGCAAAAAAAAAAAAAAAGUGUUCGCAUCUUUGAAAACACAGAAACCAAAACACAGGCAGUAUCCGUCCUCUACAGCAGUGAGUCACGUCACUGUUUUGUGUGAAUGAACUGAAAACACAACUCUGUGUGUUUGUGUGUGUGUGCUGAAUGAUUGAGUAUGUUUGGGCAGGUGUUUGUGCACUCACAGUGUGUGUACACGCUUAAGAUCUGUCAUAUUUCUCUUUGUAAGUGCUAUGCAAGUACAAAAGAAAAGCAAAGCAUUUUGACUUCUUUUGUUUUGUUUGGAAGAGUAAUUCUAUUUUUUCAGAUCAGGGCAUGACAGGGUUUUGAUUUUGUAUCCUAAAGUGGUUUAAGAGUGGUUUAGCAUUUUUGGUGAUGGCAUUGCUCAUCUGGAUCAGAACAAAUGGAUCGCCAACCACGGAAGCUAAUGGUGAAGAAGCACAUGCGGUUGAACAAAACAAAGUAUGGUGCAGUGGCUUCACGACAAGUUGUGACUAACAUCAUGAACUCGUGCCCUGCAGGUCUUUGCCUGCGGGAAAACGUCUGAACACGACCAGUUCGGUACAUUGGAUCCCUGAACACUGCAGGACUAUUUUCUUUCCUCAAAUCUUGUUACAGAGACUGGCUAGCUGUAGGCUACAGUGUUUAUUUGUCCAGAUUUCUUGAGUAUCUGUUGGAUCUUUGGCCAUAGCUGUGGAUCAUUUAUGCUGGAGCUGGACUGGAUUCCCCCUCCUUGCUCCCAUCAAAGAGAACAAUUUAGCCUUUGUUCAAGACAACAGACAUUUUUAUGAAAAAGAAAAAAAAAGGAUUCAGUGACAUUAUUUUAUGUCUGUAAAGUACCAAUUGUAAAUAAACGUCUAGCCUUCUUACCUGUAACUAAAUAUAAUUUUUAUGCAAUAAAUUAUAUUUC